AUGGUGUACGCCGAAAGCCUGCUGACCCGGGACAGCAGACGUCUGGCCAGUAUGUGGUCGCUGAUGAAGCCCGGCUGGGCGGAUACCAGCGCAGAAGUGGCCAGUCAUGUGAAAACUCUGAAAAAGGCUGCCAGUGGAUUGGCGGAUGGCUCCUCGGGUCACCGUCUGGCCAUGCGUUUAGCCAGUGUCGCCAGUGAAGAUCAUGAGGCACAGGCCAUACUGACCAUAGCGCGUAAGCUGCGCACGGAAAAACCCUUCAGCUGGGAUGCGCUGAACGAGUUGUUUGCCCAGGACAGCCACUUCUGGCGCGAAUCUGCUGAAUUUCGCCAAAUGCAUGAUGAUGCGCUCUGUCAGCGCGUGGCGCGCAGUUACAGGAAAAGCUAUCGCCUUGCUAACAACUGUUUCGCCGAUGGGAGAAAUCUAUUUCCCAAGCAGAGCGAAAGCCUGCAUCGCCGAGUGCAAUUGUGUGCGCACCAAUUGGAACUAUUGCGCCCCGGACUGUCUGACAAGGGUAAGAGCCAGCUGUGGUACUUACUGAAGAUGUCCGAUACCCUGCGCACGCGCAGCGGGCUGCUGAAAUUGCUUGUAGUCAUCACCUGCGCGGCAGUUGCGAUCCCGGUCAGUGCGGAUGACUAUUCCGCGGGUUGGGGCCCGGCGCUGGGUGCUCAAAUGCCCCCUAUAGCCGCGCCAGAUCAGGAAAAAUUUGCCGAAUUGGGGGUCAAUGUGGCCGCCAUGACUUACGAUAGCCAGGAAAUUCUGGCUGGUUUUCACAGCAGCGAGAAUCUCAGCUAUCCGUUGUUGCAGGACCAGGCCGCAAAAUACGUGUUGGCUUUAGGCAUCAUUUUUGUUGGUGUUGACGGCACAGUGAAAGCAAAAUAUGCCGUACCCGGGUAUCGACGAAGACCGCCCUUUGACAUGUUAUACGCAGAUGUUGAGUUAAAAUCCUUUCCGACCGCUGCCAUUCUCCUGUGUUUGACGACUACGUUAAGCGGGUGCAGUGCCCUGGUGGGUUCUUUUACCCAGAGUUUUGCAGAAGAUUUAUCUGCAGCUAUUCUGAACAAUGAAGAUCUUGCGAUGGUGCGCGAUGGCGCGCCGUCUUAUCUGAUUCUGGUGGACUCACUGGUGGCGCGGUCCCCGCAGGAUCCCUUUAUGUUGCAGCAAUCAGCAAAAUUACAUUCGGCCUAUGCUGCAGCAUUUGUCAGCGACGAGACCCGAGCGCAGUUGCUGCACAAUAAGGCUAAAGACCAGGCGUUGGCGUCGGCAUGUUAUGGGCUGAAAGACGCGUGUGACCUGGAUAGCCGUCCGUUUGCAGAGUUCAAUGCCUGGCUGACGCGUCAGAAGGCGGCACAGGUGCCACGGAUGUACGAUUUGGGCACAACCUGGGCAAGCUGGAUACAGGCCAACAGCGAUGAUUUCAGUGCGAUAGCCGAAUUGGCCAGGGUAAAAGCGCUUAUGGCACGCACAGCAGAACUUAACCCCGAUUAUGACAGUGGUGGUGUGUACCUUUAUCUGGGCGUUUUUGAAACGCUGUUUCCCCCGGCGAUGGGCGGUAAGCCUGAAAUUGGUAAAGCACAUUUCGAACAGGCUAUUGAACGCUCUGGCGGUACCAAUUUACUGGCCAAAGUGAUGUACGCAGAGCAGUACGCACGCCUCGUGUUUGAUCGCGAGCUGCACGACAGGUUGUUGACCGAGGUGAUCGAAGCGCCGGCGCGCGCACCGGGUCUUACAUUGAUGAACACCGUGGCCAAAGAACAGGCCCGCCUUGCCCUGUUGUGCGCACCCUAUGGGACCGCGGCAACACUCAAAAUCGCCACGCUGUCGCCAGAAGGGUCAAGCUGGAUGAAGCUCCUGCGCCAGCACGGUAAAGCUAUUGAACAGCGCACCGACGGUGCGGUGAAAAUGAAGUUUUAUCCUGGCGGGGUGAUGGGUGAUGACAAAGCCGUGUUGCGCAAAAUGCGCGUUGGACAGCUGCAUGGUGCGGUACUGACCUCCGGUGGCCUGGUACAGAAUUAUCCUGAUAUUGCGUUAUACAACCUGCCGCUGAUGUUCCGCAGUGACGCGGAGAUUGAUCACGUUCGCGCCAACCUCGAUGAACAGCUGAUGGCGGGUUUGCGUGAGAAUAAAUUUGUAGGUUUCGGUUUUGCCGAAGUAGGUUUUGCUUACCCCAUGAGCCAGCAGCCUACGCAGAGUGUUGCACAGAUGCAGGAAAGCAAGGUCUGGACGCCGGAUAACGAUAUUGGUUCGUUGCGCGCGUUUGAAGCGUUUGAUAUUUCGCCUAUACCGCUGCCCAUAGCUGAUGUGCUGGCCGGUUUGCAGACGGGUUUAAUUAACAGCAUCGCGUCACCACCGAUCGGUACUAUCGCGCUGCAGUGGCAUACUCAGGUUCAGUACGGACUUGAUUUACCGAUAUUGUACGUUUACGGGUUAGCCGCCAUGGCGGAAAAACCCUUUAACCGGCUGACACCGGAACAGCAGGUGAUUGUUGAGGAAGAGCUGCGCGCAGCCGUGCAUAGCGCGGACCAGGCAGCCCGACGUGAUCACGUAAGCGCCAAGCAGGCUUUAGCAAAGCAGGGUAUCAACUGGGCUGCCCCGAAUGAGGCACAGAUGCAGGAGUGGUUGAGUCUCGCUGCUGAGGUGGUUAAGACUGCCUUACGGCUGAUUCAUCACGCCGAAGAAGCGUUGUUAGCCCUGCUGCUGACUGCGAUGAUCCUGUUGUCUGCGUCCCAGGUUGUGCUGAGAAAUUUCUUCGACAGCGGUUUGUAUUGGGGUGAUAGCGCAGUACGCGUUGUGGUGUUGUGGGUUGCCAUGUUGGGCGCCAUGAUCGCCUCGCGACGUAAUGAACACAUUCGUAUAGAUAUCGCCAGUCGCUUCGUAUCACCGCAAUUCAAACCCUACAUGAGUCGCUUUGUCAGUGCCUUUACCUGUCUGGUUCUACUGAUUUUUGCCUGGUACAGCAUUGAGUUUGUACGUUACGAAUUUGAAGAUGGCACCAUCGCCUUUGGUGUUGUGCCGGCCUGGCUCUGCGAAAUUAUCAUGCCCAUUGGUGCUGCUGUGAUGGCGUUACGCUACGCUGCUGAUAUUGACCUUGCGAUUGUUGCCAUUGAACUCUACCGCAUUGUUGAUACACCCCUGCUGGUCGCGCUGCCGUUGUUUACCUUCAGCGGCUAUCUGCUCAGUGAAGCCAAUACUUCGAAACGUCUGGUUAAUCUGGUGCAAAGCAUGUUUGGCUUUCUCCCCAGUGGCCUGGCGGUGGUCGGUUUUGUUGCCUGUGCGGUGUUUACUGCACUGACCGGUGCAUCAGGUGUCACUAUUGUUGCGUUAGGUGCUUUGUUGCUCCCCGCACUGAAAGAAGCCGGCUUUUCUGAACGUUACAGUCUGGGUCUGGUGACUUCUUCCGGCAGUCUGGGUUUGCUGUUAGUGCCGUCCGUGCCAUUGAUUCUUUACGGUGUAAUUGCGCAACAACUUGAUGUUGGCGAGCCCUUCACCAUAGUUGAUCUGUUUAUUGCCGGCAUUGGCCCGUUGCUGCUGAUGUUGGGGCUGCUGACAGCCUGGACGUUGUGGAAACAUCGCGGCGGGGUAAUUCCGCGUACGCCAUUUACCUGGCCUAACGUCUGGCAGUCGGUUAAAGACGCGCGUUGGGAAUUGCCUCUGCCUUUUGUUGUUCUGGGUGGAGUGUUCAGUGGUUUCUUCGCGGUCUCCGAAGCGGCUGCCGUCACAGCGUUCUACGUCUUGUUUGUCGAAGUUUUUCUUUAUCGUGAGGUUUCCCUGCGGAAAGUGCCGAAGGUCAUGGUGGAAUCCAUGGUCAUGGUCGGGGGUAUUCUGCUUAUUCUGGGUAUCGCGCUGGCAUUCACCAAUUUUCUCGUUGAUGCGGAAAUACCGCAGAAGCUGUUUGAGUUGAUGCAGACUUAUAUUUCGAGCCCGUUAGGGUUUCUGUUGCUAUUGAAUGUUCUAUUGCUGGCGUUAGGCGCAAUUCUCGAUAUUUAUUCCGCUAUCGUCAUCAUGGUGCCGUUGCUUCUGCCAGUGGCCGCCGGCUAUGGCAUUCACCCCGUACAUCUGGGCAUUGUCUUUCUUGCAAAUAUGCAGAUUGGGUAUUUUACGCCGCCGGUGGGUAUGAACCUUUUUGUCGCCAGCUACCGGUUCAACAAACCGCUGCUUGAGCUUUAUGCCGCAACCUGGCCGUUUAUGGUGGUGCUGUUGGUCGCGCUGGGUUUCAUCACUUAUGUGCCGGCGCUGAGUCUGUGGUUUAUUCAGUAG